GGCCCCGCUCGCUCGCGCUCGGUGUCUCGCGCUGGCCGGGCCCGGACGGGAGCGAGGCUGCGGCGGUUGCUAUGGCGGAGUCGGCUCGCGCUGCCGGCCCCUUCCCGCGCUCGCUCGCGCUGCUGCUGCUGCUGCUGCUGCUGGGCGGGCCCGGGGGAGCCCGGGCUUUGAUCUGUUUAUGCUCCAACUGCAAUCAAGCAAACUCCACCUGCAAAACAGAUGGGGCUUGCAUGGUCUCCAGCUCCAACCUGGGCGGAGUUGAGCACCACAUCCGGACCUGCAUCCCUAAAGCAGAACUGAUUCCUGCUGGAAAACCCUUCUACUGCCUGAGUUCAGAAGAUCUGCGGAACACACAUUGCUGCUAUGUUGAUUAUUGCAACGAAAUUGACCUAAAGGUACCCAGUGGUCACGUGAAAGAGAAUGAACCUCAGUCUAGUUGGGGCCCUGUGGAGUUAGUAGCAGUAAUUGCAGGGCCUGUCUUCCUUUUGUUUGUCGUCAUGAUCGUAGUGGUUUUCGUCUUUCACCACCACCAACGAGUUUAUCACAAUCGUCAGCGGUUGGACAUGGAAGAUCCCUCUUGUGAAAUGUGUCUGUCCAAGGAUAAGACUCUGCAAGAUCUAGUUUAUGAUCUCUCCACUUCUGGCUCUGGCUCAGGUUUGCCACUCUUUGUCCAGCGAACUGUGGCUCGAACCAUUGUCCUGCAGGAGAUCAUUGGAAAAGGCCGCUUUGGGGAGGUGUGGCGUGGCAGGUGGCGUGGAGGUGAUGUGGCUGUGAAAAUCUUCUCUUCACGGGAAGAGCGCUCCUGGUUUAGGGAAGCAGAAAUAUACCAGACUGUCAUGUUGCGACAUGAGAACAUCUUGGGGUUUAUUGCUGCAGAUAACAAAGAUAACGGGACUUGGACUCAGCUGUGGCUUGUCUCUGAUUACCAUGAGCAUGGCUCUCUAUUUGAUUACCUCAACAGAUACACAGUGACCAUUGAGGGGAUGAUUAAACUGGCCCUGUCUGCUGCCAGCGGGUUGGCACACCUACACAUGGAGAUUGUGGGGACACAAGGAAAACCAGGGAUUGCACACAGGGACUUGAAAUCCAAGAACAUCCUGGUGAAGAAGAACGGCAUGUGUGCCAUUGCUGACCUGGGUCUGGCUGUCCGGCAUGAUUCUGUUACCGACACCAUUGAUAUUGCACCAAAUCAAAGGGUUGGAACCAAACGAUACAUGGCCCCUGAGGUCUUGGAUGAAACCAUUAACAUGAAGCAUUUUGAUUCAUUUAAAUGUGCUGAUAUCUAUGCCCUUGGCCUGGUCUAUUGGGAGAUUGCUCGUAGGUGCAGUUCAGGAGGUAUCCAUGAAGAAUAUCAACUCCCAUACUAUGACCUUGUGCCCUCUGACCCCUCCAUUGAGGAGAUGCGGAAGGUUGUGUGUGAUCAGAAGCUGCGCCCCAACAUCCCUAACUGGUGGCAGAGUUAUGAGGCGUUACGAGUGAUGGGCAAGAUGAUGCGCGAGUGCUGGUAUGCCAAUGGUGCAGCUCGGCUAACGGCCCUCCGCAUUAAGAAAACACUCUCGCAGCUCAGCAUCCAGGAAGAUGUGAAGAUCUAGUCCACAGGUUGCAGCAUGAGGAAGCUGCUCAAAAGCUGCCAUGAUAGACGGGAUUGAGGCCUACCUCGUGUUUCUACCCAACCUACUGCUACCGACCAGGCCGUGUGACCUAUGGGCUGCUUGCCAGGGAGGACAGAGCCUAUUACAAGAAAUGUUCUUUUCCUGGUUUUGGGUAUGAAACAAACGGAAACCUUUUAUAACCACCUCCUGACAGUGUGGAGACUUGAGAGGGAUUUGUGCGGAUGGCUCUUGCCAUGACCAUAACUUUUGUUCCUUUGAUGGAAAUCCCUGUGUAGUCCAGUGAAUAUGGCACGUUCGUUGGGAAGCGUUCAGGGCCUGGGAGUGGGGAGGGAAAGGGACGGUGGUAUUGUCAUACCUGCAGGUUUUCCAGGGACUGGCACAGACACACAGAGGCAUUGGCUUCAUAAACCCAUUGCUCCUUCUUUUGAGCUUGAAAAAUUCAAAAAGUCAGACUGGCUGCUUGUGUGUGUAUGUGUGUGCGUGUGUGUGUGCGUGCAAGUGUGUGCAUGUGCAAAGCCGUGUGUGCCCUGUGCCUGCUCAGUCCCCCUUAAACGUGCAGAGUAUCUGCUUGUAGAUUCGCACAUUCCUGUUUGUGUUUUUCUGUGCAUGUGCAAGUCCAAAGUGUCCUCUUCGGAGCUACGCGUGCUGGUGCCUUGCCUGUCCAGUAGUGAGCAUUAUCUAGCUUGAAUAAGCUACUUACAGCCAGAUCCUUCUUUCUCCUGGAGCAGGGCUCUAUCCUGCCAGUUGUACACCAGCUGCAGGAACUUUCUGUCAAGUUGCCUCACUGCCAUCCCUCUCCUUUUUAAAGCGGGUACUGAUUUUUGUCCCUGAAAUUUAAGCUUCUGUUUUGAAAACCCUGGUUUGUAAUGUGUGGUAGUAUGAAAGGAUUGCCUUGCCAGAGGAGCCAUCCGCGGGAGGGAUGCAAAGGAGACAAGAAGCAUGUCUGAGAGAUUGGAGCUGGCGCUACCCCUGGGUGGAGGGGACCAGACCACAGGGACAUGCAGGAUAUCAGCCUCUUAGGAGCAUAACCCUUGGAUCUCUCAAAGGGCUUUGGCAGGAACACUCUAUAACUUGGAGCCAAGCAUUUAAAGUCUGAUCUGUGAAGAUCUGUGCCCACAAAAACAAUUGUGCACAGCACCUCUCAAGGAGCACUUGGCACGCUGCAGGAUCUGACCAUUGGCGACUAGGAUUGGAAAUACGUGUAUAUCUUUUAAAUAUACAUAUAUAAAUAUCUCAUAUUCUGGAAGCAGCUGUGUAUAACUCUUCGGGUGGGGUAGGGAGGGGGUAACUGCAUGAAUCUUAUUUUAAUUGAAUAACCAAUCAGGGUGAAGUAGAAUUGAUUUGAUUGUUGCCUAGUGAAUGUUAGAAAUAGUCCAGGGCUGAGUCCUGUGUCUGAACUGAAUGCAGCAUUAAAGGCAACAUUAGAAGGCUGGGUUGUGUGAUGGUUAGGGUGUUAUCUGCGCUGUGUAACUGAAGCCAUAACUUUUAACUGGAGUGCAUUUGAUUAUUUUUUAUUUGAUCGGGAGGGUCUGGAUUUUAACUUUUUUUAAUAUUGUUAAUUUUUAUAAGAGAAGAGAAACAAUCUAUAAUUACCUCUCAACCUCUUUGUUUGUAAAGAAAUCACUGCAAAAAAGAAAAAAAAAAUCCAGAUGCACACAGCUGAAUUUACACUGGAACUUUCUACUCGAACCUUGAGCCUGCUCUGUAAGUUGAGCGUUCAUCUCUUCUCUGGCUCACAGGUUGUUGUUUUUUAACAGACUUUCUGUUCUCACUGUCUCUCUCUUCCCUCAGGCCCCCAUCCCAUCUGGGAUUUAGAUCCGUCAAAUGAGGAGUCUUUUUUGCAUUCUCCCAUUGCUUUUAAAGGACAGGCAGGACAGAGCUGUCUCCUGUCUGCAGCGGUCUGCAUCUUAGACUCUGGGUUCGUGGGGCAGCAUAUGUGCUUGGUGAAUGUACAGCUUCCCCUUCUCAUGGGUUCUGAUUAUUUCUCAGCCAGAAAUUACUGCAUCUCCAAUGUGACUUGUUACUUACUGAACCCUUCUUCUGCAUUGAGAAACCAAGGUGGUGUGUGCCUUAAAAAUAC